AUGGACUACUUCUCCAAGUUCUUGAGAGCAGGCAGCCAACCCAGUCCAAAGGUUGAGAACACAUUGAUGCACCCAGACGAACGUCAGUUGUCGCGAGGCAUCAAGUCUACCGAUGUCCCUAUGCAUCUGCAGUCUAUGGUCGAUGCGCUGGUUUGGGAGUCGACACGGACAGAGGAAGGAGGCACUGGUGCCUGCCUGGAGUACCUGCUCAAGAAUGACGUUCUCGGGACGCUGGUCAAACUUAGCGAAGCCGACCGUCCGUUCGGGACCCAAGCAGAGGUGCUGCGAGCAGUCCAGAACAUGGUGGUGCUCUUGGACGAACAGUUUCUCGUACACUCUGCAGUCCAUAAGGCGGUCCUCCGCCUGCUGAGGAGUUGUGUUGGGGACGAUAUACAAGAACAACUCGAUGGCCGCAACAAAGUAAUGGGGGCAGCUGGCAACGCCGUGCGGAGCCAGCCCUCGGAGUACGAGGAAGACCGUAUGUUUCGCAUACGCACAUAUCGUGAAUUACUCAUGAUAUUCUUUCACGACAAACAAUGGUACCGCCCGGAACCUCUAUUCUCUGUGGAGGAGGAAGACGAGGACGAAGGCGAGGACGAGAGCGAGAGCGAAGAUCAGGGAGUAAGCUCAGGGAUACCCCCUGAAGGCCAGCAAAUGUCUACUAUUGACGGUCCGACUCAAGCAGAGCGUCCAUCGUCUCCCAGUCCAUCUCAGGAAACCGUCACGUCCGCUCCAGCUUCUUCUGUUACGAUGAAAAAGCCGGAGUAUGAGUUCCUCCUCUUCAAUUACCUCCUUCGUUUUGUCCACCGAGAAGGGAGGAUUGGAGACUUUGCGCGGGCUGGUCUACUGUUCCUCAUGGAUGUUGCAAUGUCACCAAGCGAGUCUGCCAACCGAUCCUCUGGCGACGCCCUGUCAUUGUCGUCGUCGACGACUUCCUUGCCGGAGUCUCAAUCAGACCCGACCACGGACGCCGCCCUUGCACUGGCAGAAUACAUCAUUGAUGGCGACUUCUCCGAGGUGCUUGCAGCCGGCGUCUCAGCCGUUUACUCGCUAUUACCGCGCAAGCUCGAAGUGCGCUCGCCGGCGCCAAUAGAGAACUCGCAGAACAGCAGCAUGGUGCUUGGCAACUCCUCAGCGGAACUCUCCGGUGAGGAGAAGGACAAACUUGAGGAAGUACGAGAGAAAAGUCGCGCUAUGGGCGUUGAGGACUCGUCAAGCCCUGACUUCAAGGCACGCCUGGAUCAUUUCUUGAAAUUGCUCGAGUUCCUUCAGGACGUCCUCCGGCGCAAUAUCGUCCGCGAGACAGCAGACGGUACUCUAGAUCCCUCGAGCCUUGUGGGGUCUGCAAUCGUGCAGUCCAUCCUGGAUGCCGUCCGAAAGGUGUUCCUAGAGAACGUCCUGUAUCCGUCAAUCCUCGAAUGCUCAGACGCCGACGGAAGUGCCGUUGCGGUCAUGUCUUAUAUAGAGAUCAUGAUCCGCACGCUAGAGAAUGGGCAGCUUGCAGACGUCCUGAUCGACUUCCUCACGAGCGAGGACAAUAGCGACGACCUCGGACGAAAUCGUCCUCGCCACCAGUCGACGCUCAAUCUCAGCGGUAAUGCACCCCCAAGCGCACGAUCUGCUACUGUUGCAGACAAAGAAGCCAAACAAAGACGACGCAAGAGUACCGCUAUGGUCCUGUUAGAAAUGGAGGCUCCUGAGUCAAGGCGACAAUCCGAAUACUUCACGUCGAUGGGCCGCUUCACCCUCAAGGACUUGCUGCUGAGCAGCCUCCGAUCCAAGUCUCCGGCAACAGUUACUGCUGCCCUGCAGUUGUUUCAGUCGCUGUUGGUGCAAUACUGUGCUCUGUCGGCAGAUAGACUUCUUGUUGUCAUCCAUGACCCCCAUGCCACAAGUUUCCCUCAACCAGCUCAAAUAGAGUUGAUUGUUGACGAGAAGGUGUCUGCCGUUGCCGAGGAUGAUGACGAGGAGACAUUCGUCUACCCGGGGACAGAAACGUCUGGAACAUCUAUUGCCAGCAGCUUGACUGUAGCUCCACCGAUCGCUUUCGCACAGCCAAAUACCACAUAUUGGACUCACGAGCGAGAGAUGGGGUUGUAUCUCACUCUUGUGUCCCGGGUCGAUCCGAAUCACAAUGAGGACGCCUUCAGUACCGGCUAUGACCAUUAUCUGCGCGAUGCACUCUUGUCAAUUCAGGCCCACAUCUGUUUCCAGGAGGACCUUGACGCAGAGACGAGAGAGAAGUCGAAGCAUCGACUUAAUGCAAAUGACCCCAUCCUCUUGAGAGUCCUCGACUCGCUGCGGACGUUUUUCUCUAACACACCCGAGAUGAACAUGGCUUUGACAGGCGUGCUCGCUACGUUGGCAAUAUGUCCAGAUCGCUCGCUAGCGGGGUGGCUCACUUUCGCACCGAGGGAAACCAGUCCCAUGCCGAAUAAACAGCAGCCAGAAAGCGACAGUUUCACAUACGGUGACGACGGAGAUGACCGCUCUGUCGACUUCCGGAUAGAAGAGAAUCUUGCCUCGGAGACCAACUUCUUACCGGCGUCCAGUAUCGACGAACAGUCUCGACCUGUGGUACAUUCUGUAUUCCACGGCCUUGUCUCCCAACUCGAGCGGUACAGGCAAAUGGUGGAUAAAUUUGACCAGUACUUGAUGGAGCGACGACAGGGCCUGCUUUUCUCAGAGAACCUGACCGAUGCAUUGUCACUUGCUCUGGAUUUCGAUCCGAGUACAACGCCGAAAAUCAGUACUCAACGGAGUAAUUCCGAACCCAGCACUCCUAAGGCAAAGGCGAAGGCGAAGUCCGCCUCGUCAUUCGUGUCUUUCCUCACACCGAAGAAGAACAAGCCUGCCAAAACUCCUGCUGCGGAACCCACGACCUUGGACUCCCAAGAAGUCACGCAAGUGGAAUGGUGA